UAUAUAUUUUCAUCGACAAAAAAUUACAGCCAUAUAUAUUUUUGUAUUUCUAUUUUCAUAUAUCACCAACCAAAAAUGGGAAACUUAUCGUCUUCCUAUACAGUCCUUCUCCAUCCAGCAAGCUCUGCAAUUGUUGACUUGGAAAACCCAUGAAAUUUUAAUACAAAGGAACAUCUUCUGAAGCUUCCUUCAUCCCUUUAACCAAAUAUUAAAAACGUAGAAUUUGACUUAAACUUCCUUUCAAUCGCCUUUCUCUCUCCCAAGUCAUGGAUUUGAAUCUCUCAAGUCAAGGGCUAAAAUUUCACACGAGUUUCUCUCUAUAUCAUGUAAUUUUUUUGGCAAUUCACUUACAUAGCUUAACUUGCUGAUGGGGAUCCACCAUCACAUUGAUUCAGUCAAACUUUUCAUCAUAUAAAACCAAACCAUCCUCAUAAAACUACUUACAAUAUUUAAUUUCACUGAGAAAAGAAGGCCAAAAAAUGCUUCUUCUCCGUAGCUUCUGCGGCCUCUCCUGCUUUCUUGGACUGCUGCUGGUGGGCUUGGGAGCUCCUCAGACAAGUAAUGCUCAGGAGUUGUUUAAGUGUCAAAAAAGCCUUCAAAAGACUGCAAGAAUUGGAGUGGUUUUCGACAGCGGCUCUCCCAUUGGGAAGCAACAGAAGGUGGCAAUGAAGAUGGCUUUCCCAUGUCUUGAAUUGGAGCCUCUCCACCUCCAUGAUUCUCCUGCUUCUUCUUCUGGAUUGGACCUCAUAACAAACGGAGAAGUAAAAGCCAUUGUCGGAUCGGUGACAAUUCUGGACUUGAUUGUCAUUUCCGACCAUAAAAUUCCUGUCGGAGUUCCCAUCGUUUCCACUUCAACUGCACAAUUACGGCCACUCAAAAUCCCUCCUUUGAUUCAAAUUGCCAACUAUAAUAUUAACCACCGCAUGAAAUGUAUUGCCUCCAUUCUCACCCAUUUUCAAUGGCGAAAAGUCACAAUCUUUCAUGAAAUUACAAAUAAUAUUGUACAUCCCUCCACAAACCCUUCAAUCCUAGCACAUCGCCUUUCUGAUUCGUUUCGAUCUGUUAAUGUGGAGAUCGAACAAGUUCUGACCUUGUCUCCCUCUUCCUCGAUCGAUCAAGAAUUGAAAAAAGUUAUGAACAACCAAAGGAAAGGAAUUUUUAUGGUUACCCAAUUCUCUCUAGAGAUGGCAGUUCUUCUUUUGACAAAAGCCAAGAAAUUGAACUUGGUUGGAAAUGGGUAUGUUUGGAUCGUCUCAGAUGACGUAUUUGAUCUUAUUGAAACAUCAAAUUCUUCAUUUUUAAACGAAAUGGAAGGCCUCAUUGGAUUUCGAACCUCUUUUGAUAGCACCAAAAACUCAUUCAGAAGCUUCGAAGCCAAGUUUAAGAAGGCGUACAAUUUAGAAUAUCCAAAUGAUGAACAGCCAGCAAAAGCAAGUAUGUUUGCCGUUCGAGCUUAUGAUGCUUCUCGGGCCAUUGCUAGAGCCAUAGAAUCGUUGGGAGAAAAUUUCAUCUCAAGUGAUCAGCUGAGGGAGAAAAUUCUAAGGAGCAAUUUCGAAGGGCUUAGCGGAAGGGUCAGAUUCAAGAAUAAUGGGAUGUUAAUAUUGCAAUCACCAAAAUUUCAAAUCAUUAAAGUGGUGGGGCGAAGCAACAAAGAGAUUGCUUUUUGGACAUCCAAAUUAGGUUUUGUCGAAAGGUCUGUGGAAGUUAAUAAAGCUGCCGCCACUAAAAUUAAGCCCAAUAACGUGAGAAAUUAUGCAGCUAUUCGAGACUUGUCGAGGCUAAAAAAACUGGCUAAGAAAAAUUUGAAAUUUGCUGUUCCAAAGGAUGGAGCGUGUCACGAAUUUGUAACAGUGAGCAAAAAUUUGGAUGGGAAUUACAUCGCUACUGGAUUUUCCAUUGAUGUAUUCAACGCUGUUAUGAGCAAUAUGCCCUAUCUUCCGUCCCACGAAUUGGUUCCUUUUACCGGCACAUACAAUGACAUGAUAGAGGCCGUCCACAACAAGACAUAUGAUGGGGCAGUGGGAGACAUAGGAAUGUUGGCGUACCGAUAUCGACAUGUCGAUUUCACAGCGGCGUAUUUAGAGGCAGAUAUUGUGAUGGUGGUAACGGAGAAGAAAGAGAAAUGGAAAAAGAUAUGGGCUUUUAUGGAUGCUUUUCAACUUAACAUGUGGCUGUUAAUACCCACCAUGCAUCUUUUCAUUUCCUUUGUUAUUUGGAUAAUUGAACGUCAAAAUAACGAUGAAUUGAAGGGUGUUGGAAACAUGUUGUGGUUUUCUGUUUCCAUCAUCUUUUUCAUGCACAGGGAGCCCGUAAAGAAUGGGUUGGCUCGACUAGUGUUGGGGCCGUGGUUGUUCGCGAUUUUGGUGGUGACGACAAGUUUCACAGCAAGUUUGACAUCGAUGAUGACAAAAUCUUGGUCUGAGCCGUCGGUGUUGGAUGUUGAAACGUUGAGAAAGAUGGGUGCGCAGGGCCCGAUCGGCUGCAACUCCAACUCUUUCAUUUGCACGUAUCUCAACGAGACCCUCGGAUUUGAGCAGGGUAGAAUUAAGAAGAUAAACUCCAUAGACGAUUACCCAGAUGCAUUUGAGAAUGGUACAAUUAAGGCUGCUUUCUUGAUUAGCCCCCAGGCAAAAGUUUUCCUCGCCAAAUAUUGCAAAGGCUACACCACAGCAGCUUCCUCUUACAAGUUUAACGGCAUUGGCUUUGCUUUUCCAAAGGGGUCUGCUCUUGCUGUUAAUGUUUCUGCAUCAAUCGCUGAAUUAACCGAGAGAAAACAGAUACCACAAUUGGAAACCAACGUACUUGCCUCUUUCAACUGUUCUUCAACUGACCAAGCAGAUGGGCAGGGCUUAGGGCCUGGACCUUUCCUGGGCCUAUUCUCUAUCUGUGGCACUAUUGCUUUCUUGGUCUUGUUGUAUAUGGGCCUACAGUUAUUGACAACAAAAAUGGGCUCGAUUGAAAAGCCCAAUAAAGCCCAGCAGGCCUUACCCCCUAGACUAGAACAAAGCAAGAGGAUUGGUAGACACGUUCAUACCUUACAGCUACAGCAACCCCAUUUUAUUAUAUAUUCAUAAAUUAUGGAGGUGCAAUUGUAUUUAGAUCAUUUUAACUGUCACUAGAUUUUCUGUUUUGUUUUAUUUUUGUCUUUGGUUGAAAGAUGGUAGAGUGAUGUACAUGUAUGUACAAAGAGGUCAUAUCCAAUGUGACAAAAUUAAAGGAACUAUUUUAAAGUUACAAGA